AGAGUUGUGAAAAGAAUUUGACCAAAAAAAACAUAACAAUAUGUCUCGUUUAUCAAUUAUGUCAAAAAGACGCAGCAGCAGGAAGUUACCUGCAAAGACAGCCAUGGUAGAUUCUUCUAAUGUAGCUGGGUUGAAGUCUUCUAAAGUAAUUGUGCCAGGUUCUUCUAAUGUAGCCAAGUUAAAUUCUUCUAACAUAAACGAGAGGAGAGAGAAGAAGUUAGAUUACAAUAUGUCCAGAUCUGUGAUUGUUGCAAGAACACGUAGCCAAAGGAAGUUAUCUGAAAUUUUAGCCAUGCAAGAUUCUUCUAACAAAGCUGCCCAGAAAGAUGUAGCCAUAUUAGAUAAUUCUAAAGUAGCAAUGCUAGACUCUUCUAACGUAUCCAAAGAGAUGAAGAAAAUGAAGUUAGAUUACAAUAUGUCCGAAUCUAUGAUUAUGCCAAGAACACGCAGCAGGAGUAAGUUAUCUCAAAUUAUAGCUAUGUUAGAUUCUCCUAACAAAUCUGAGCAGAAAGAUAAAGUUAUGCGAGAUUCUUCUAACAAAGCUAAACAGGAAGGUAUAUCCAUGUUAGAUACUUCUAAAGUAGCCAUGCAAAAUUCUUACAACGUAGCCGUUUUGGAGUCUUCCAAAGUAGUCGUGCUAGAUUCUUCUAACAUUGUUAAGUUAGAUGCUUCUGACGUAGCCAAGUCAGAUUCUUCUACCGUAGUCGAGAAGAAAGAAAUGAAUUUAGAUUAUAAUAUGUCCAAAUCUGUAAUUGUGCCAAGAACACGUAGUCAGAGGAAGUUAUCUCAAAUUAUAACUAUGUCAGAUUCUUCUAAUAAAGUCGAGCAUGAAGGUAACGUAAUGCAAGAUUCUUCUAAGAAGACCGCGCAAGAAGAUAUAGCUAUGCGAAAUAAUUCUAAAAAAACUGAGCCGAAAUAUUUACUCCUGUUGGAUUCUUCAAACAAAAUUGCGCAAGAAGAUAUGGCCAUGCUAGAUUCUUCUAACAUAGCUGAUCAGAAAGAUAUAGUCAUGUUAGAUGCAUCUGACAAAGCUGAGCAGGAAGAUAUGGCUAUGUUAGAUUCUCCUAACGAAGCUAAGCAGAAAGACGUAACAUUGGAUGACAGUAGUUCCGAUUCAUCGUUUGAGAUAAAAACACGCAGCAAGAAGAAAUAUCCUCGAAAUAGAAUUUCUGGAAUAGUUGAGCAGAAAAAGAAAACUAUGGAUCAUGUUAUACCGAAUGAUAACAAUAUAUCAGAUUCGUCAUUUGCGAUUCAAACACGUAGCAAAACAAGGUGUGCCCAAAACACACCUGCUCCUUGCAUAGUCACAAAUGAAAAGAAAACUGAGGAUUUAGAAAAACAAGAUAACACUAAAGAGGUUGAAUUAAAGAAUGAACGGAAACGUAAGAAAAAAGCACUUAAUGCUUCUACAGAUAACAGUUAUGAUGAGAAUUCUGAAAGUGACGAGUUCAUGAAACAUACUUUGACUUGUGAAGAAGAAGGAUAUCUCAUUUUUCCAGAUAUAGGAUCUGAUGAGGUUUCUAAGUAUUGCCCUGAAAAUGACUCCGAUGAAGACUCUAAGUCUAAAGAAAAAGAUGUUGAGCAGAUUUCUUCUGAUUCUGACAGUGAUAUCAACAGUGACGAUAGUUUUAAUUGGGUGUACAGUGGAGAGUUGCCUACGGCGUCAUAUCAUGAACCUAAUCCUAUAUUAGAAAAUCGCUUUGGUGUUCUUAGAAAAGCUCAUGACCUGACUGGAAAUUUAAUCGGACUUAAGGAUUCGAUAAAGUUUUUGAAUGAUAAGACCAGAAUUGUUGGGGAAGAUGGGAAUCCUAAAUUGCGUUUAUGGGCUCAAAAAUGGAGACCUCAAGAAAAUAAAGAGUGUGAAAUGGAAAUUGUGAAUGAAAACGGGGAAAUCGAAGAAAACAUAACAAAUGAGGAAUGUAAGCGAAACUUAUUGGAUCAUAUCGUUACACAGCAAAAGACAGUAGAGGACACUUUAAACAAAAUUGAGUCAGAAUUAGCAGCACUGGAGAUCAAGGCAAAUCAAGAUGGCGUCCCAGGUUUUGAUUUUUGUUCUACACUUCAAGAAAUUCAAACUGCUAUGAUUGGUUUGGGAACAUUAAAAAAAAUCGCUGCAGUAAAUGCAACUGAACAUGAACGUUCCAAGGAAGAAGCUGAAAAAAGCGAAAAUGAUCAAAAUACUGUCAGCUCUGAAUAAUGCCAUGUAAAUCAGAUCGUAUUAUUUAAAAGAAUAAAUUGAACUAAUAAAUGGUUUAUUUCUUUAA